AUGAAUUUAAGACCUUAACCAGGCCAUCAGAAUAAGAAUGGAAUUAAUCCAAUAACAAAUACUCCUAUAGAUUAUGCAUAAAGAGGGAAUCAACAACCUUAUUAUAAGCAACCUUAUCCAUAGCCUCCCAUAUAAUACACUCAAAAUCCGUAACAGUACCAAAAUCCCUAUUAUAAUUAAACUCUUCCAUAAGUUGUAUAGCAGACUAUGCCUGAGGCAGGAUAGAAACUACCUUUAUAGAGUGAUGCAAUAGAAUUAGAUCACAUGAAUGGCUUUUCUGGGCGAUAUCGAGAUGUGAUUCACUUGCAUCCUCAAAAGGAGUCCACUAUAGUAUAUGCAUUAGCUGGAUUAAUUGUAAUAGAGAACUUAAAUGAUAAACAUUAACAAUUGUUUUUGAGAGGACAUGACAUGGAUAUUAGUGCAUUAACAUUAUCAAAGACAGGCAGAUAUAUAGCAUCUGGAUAAAUGGGAUCUCGAAAUUCAAAGACACCAGAAGCACCAGUCAUAUUGUGGGAUUUCAAUGCAAGAAAACCAAUGCAAAUAUUCAGAGGUUUAAGAGAUGAAAUUACAAAUCUUUCCUUUUCAAGUGAUGAUAAAUUCUUAGCAGCUACUGCAUCAAACAAUAAUUUAAUAAUAUGGAAUUGUUAAGAUUAUACUAUUGUUCAUAAUAAAUUAUUAGAAGUUCCAAUAAAUCUGAUCACUUGGUGUCCUCCAAGAAGAUCAUCUACUAAACAUUCUUAAUAUUUAAUUGUCACUUCCCAAGGUUCCAAUAUCUUCUUAAAUACAAUGGAUUUUGAUGUUGCUUCUAUGCAAUAUCAACUCAAAUAAGCACCAUGUCAAUUACCUAGUAGUGGUUUAGUAAGAAAUUACACAAAAGCAGUAAUUGAUGCAAAUGGAGAUUAUUUAUAUGUUGGAACUCAUGCUGGUGAAAUUUGUAUUUUCAGUAUAUCCUCAUAAUAAGGAGGAAUAUUCAAAGCAACAAUACCUAUUAGUAAUAAUGGAGUUUUGAGCAUUAAUAUUUUUGGAAAGAAUCUUUUUGUUGGUUCUGGAGAUGGAAAAGUGAAGAAAUUGACUGGAAGUGAUACUAGAUGGAAUUUAGAAAGAGAAUUAUGUUUAGAAGGUAGAAUGAAUUCAAUAACAAUUGAUCCUAAUGGUAAUGAAUUAUUAGCAGGAACAUCAAAUGGUAGAAUCUACAGAAUAAACACUGCACAUUUAGAUUCAUCUGUACAUACUGAAGGACAUUAAUCAAGUAUUGUUGGUUUAUCAGUACCAUUAAAUGCAUGUGAUCUCUUUGUCUCCAUUGAUUAUGAAGGUGUAGUUAUGGUAUGGGAUAUGAAUGAAAUGCUUGUUAUUACAAGAUGUAUUCCAAUUAACAUGAACAGAGUCAAAGGAUCAUCAGUUUAUUUGGAUCCUGAUAGAACUAUCAUCUCUGGUUGGAGAGAUGGGUUUAUAAGAGCAUAUAUGAUAACUAAUAAACCAGUAUCUCCUAUUAAAUGGGAGAUUGUUAAUGCUCAUAAAGGAGCUGUAACUACUUUGUAUAGUGAUCAAAAUUACUAUCUCUCUGGUGGUGAGGAUAGUAUUAUUAGAGUUUGGUCUAAAACUGCAAGAUAAUUAAUAACUUAAAUAUCUAUCCAUUCUAAAGAAAUUACUAAAGUAUUUCCAGAUCUCAUGAAACCUAAUUUUAUUCAUUCAUGUUCAGCUGAUAAAACUAUUUACACUUAUGAUCUCAAGACAGACAAAAAGGUAAUUCAACAUUAAUCUAGAAAUGGAGUUCUACUUGAUAUGACUUAGAGAAAAGAUAAUGAAUUAGAACUAAGUAAUUGAAAUUUCUUAUUAUAUUUUAGUUACUUGUGGUAUAAAUAUGCCCAUCUAAUUUUGGGAUAUAGAUAUUGUAGAGCCAGUCUAAUCAAUAGAUGUAACAAAAUUGAAUUCAAUUGCCAUUAGUCCAGAUGGUAAAAUAUUGGCUACAGGAUCAGAUUCUGGGGAGGUAAAUUAAUAAUAAUAUUAUUUUUUAGUUAAUUUUGAUCUCCAUAUUAACUUAAUCAAUUUUGGGUAAAUAUUUAGGGCAUUCUUCUGGGGUUUCUAAGGUAGCUUGGACAAGUGAUCAAAAAUAAGUUAUCACAACUAGUUAUGAUGGGACUGUAUGCUUAUGGAACAUUUAUCUAUGA